AUGAGCAAAGCUGAGGUCAAGGGUAAGCCAAAGAGAAAUCUUCAUGGUGCCACUGAAAUGCCAUCCACCAUGCGCAAGAGACAGAACUCUGCCAUGCACACUGCUUUCUUGACCAGACACAUGUCGAGGGAGACGGACUCCUGCCUGAAGAACGCUCAGUUUCAUAUGGACCUCUGGUGCUGUUUCACCAUACAGAACUGGCUGCUGGACUUUGGCAGGCCUGUUGUCAUGAUCUUUUGUCCUGGUGAUUACCUCCACAUGCUGUACUACAACACAUCUCCCUUCCUGUUAAUCAAGGUCAGUCUGGUCAAACAGUUUAUUAUGGACUUCGUCACCAGAUCAUGGUAUAAAGAGUGUUUUUCGCUGUAUGAUAAGAAGCAUCAGGGUGAAAUCAACGCUCAGGAUGUGCUGACGGUCAUGAGGAGUUUAGGCUGCUGUCCGACUCUUCCAGAACUGGACAAACACUUACUGACCCAUAAGAUCGAUAAGAGGGGCGAGUUGGACUUCACAUUUCUCAGAGUGAUGCACCAGCAGGAGAACCUGCGGGCCGAGAUCCUGCGAGUCUUGAGAAUGAUGGACCCAAAGAAACAAGGAUUCAUCCUGGAGUCUGAGCUCAGGGUCACGCUCAUGAGUCUUGGGGAACAACUCGGAGAUGAAGAAGUGAAUGAGCUCUUGAACGAAACCGGCGUGGCGUCUGAUGGACGAAUCGACUACGAGGAGUUUACAAAGAUGGUGACACUUCCAACCGGUUGA